UUCCCGCGGCCGCCUGCACUCGGCGCCGGGAUGGAGCCGGGAGCGGGGCCCGGGCGCUGGGCCGCAGCUGCCUGCGUGCUGACCGGCGCUUCCCGGGGCUUCGGGCGCAGCCUGGCGCGGCUGCUGGCCCCGCGGCUGGGCUCGGGCUCGGUGCUGCUGCUGCUGGCGCGCUCGGCGGAGGCCCUGGCCGAGCUGGCGGCCGAGCUGCGGGGCGGUAGCGGUAGCGGGCUGCGGGUGGAGUGCGUGGCCGCCGACCUGGGCUGCCCGCAGGGGCUGCGGCGGGCGAUGGCUGCCCUGCGGGAGGUGCUGUCCGCUGCUCCGCACGGCCGCCUGCUCCUCAUCAACAACGCCGGCUCCCUGGGAGACAUCUCCAAAUCCUUUCUUGAUCUCACUGACCCAGAUGAGAUCAACAGUUACUUUGCCUUCAAUGUCACCUCGGCGCUUUGCCUCACCUCCGCUGCCCUACAAGCCUUUGGGAAGAGGCCUGGCUCAAGCAGGACGGUGGUGAACAUCUCCUCGCUCUGUGCCAUCAAGCCCUUCAAGAACUGGGCACUGUACUGCAGCGGGAAGGCUUCCCGGGACAUGAUGUUCCAGGUGCUGGCACUCGAGGAGCCUGAUGUCCGUGUGCUUAACUAUGCCCCAGGUCCUUUAGAUACGGACAUGCAGCUCUUGGCCCGGACUAAGACUGGCGACCCCGAGAUGCGUCAGUAUUUCCAAAGCCUGCAGGAGAGCAGGCAGCUGAUAGACUGCACUGUGUCGGCCCAGAAGCUGGUGAAUCUCCUGGAGGAGGACACCUUCCGCUCCGGUGCCCACGUGGAUUUCUACGACAUCUGAGUUAAUCUCACCUCUGUCUUUGCUUUCCUGCUUUGCUUCCUGCUAAGACAUGUCUUGGGUGCCUCCAGCAUGUUUGGUGACCUUGUGUAGUCCCGUGCAGCUUUCAAGAGAAGACCUCUGGGUGCCUUAUAAAUACUCUUAGUGCCCCAACGGGAAUGAGAGGCAGUACCCUCCUGGGUACCUGCUGACAGGAGCAGGGAUUUCUCAGUGGCUGGGUAUGGGGCAGCAGAGGUGGCUUUCCCAAGUGAACGGGCAUAGAGGCUUAAAGCUGUCCUGCGCAGGAGGGUGUGUGAGCCAAGGAGCUACCGAGGCACACCAGGCCAAGUCAGAAAGCUAUCCCAGAAGGUCUUAAAGAAGCCAACAGCAGCGUUAGAGCUGAGUGUCCCUGUGUCUGUCCCCUUUGUUCCACAGAGGCUAUGUGCUCAGCACCUGGGAAAGUCACCAAAGGGCAAAAGAGCCAUUCCCAGGGCUGGAGGUGGUGGCUGGCACCCAAACCCAGACUCUGACCCCCAUCUCACUAGUGGCUUGUCCGGAAGCUCCUGCAAUUCUGGGAUUGUCUUUGUGCAAGUUUUGUUUAUUAAGAUGUGGAGCAAAGCUUGUGCCUGUGGUUUUUGCACAAAGGUAAUUAAUCACCAGGAGAGGGAGCUGCCCAUGGAGGAGAUGUGAAUUUUGGGCGCCUGGCUGGGAUCACCAGCUUACAUGAACCUGUGCACAAGUGCAGCACGGGUUAGCACACAUCUGAGGUGCAACCCUGAGUUCAUGCAGUGUUCCUAUUUGCACAUUCUGGGUCCAAGCCUGGAUCUGGGGCUUCAGCCCCUCCUGGGCUGUUCUUUUAAUUGUUUGUGGGGUUUUAUUGUCAUUUUUUCAUCAGGUUCCAGGAGGCACAGGCACUUAUAGACUGGCUUUUCUAGAAAGCAGCUGAUAUGCAGUGUGUGUUGGUGGAGGAGAGCCGCUCUGAAGCACAGCGGCAUCCCCUGUGUGCCCUGGAAAUGCCCAAUGUCCCUCUGUGCUCAGUGACAGCAACCUUCCUGCAGUCUUCUGUCCCACCCUGUAUUUCAAGUUUUGUCCACCUGGAUCUACAGUCAUUAAAACUUUCACAUCUGGUCUGGGUCUUCUGAUAUAUCUUUAAAAGUAGAUAAAUUUGGCGGAGGGUGAGAGGAGACAUCCUGGGUUAAGCACUGUCUUCAUCCAGCAGUGGCCUCCUGGAGUCCUGUUCUUCCAUCUCUGAGCCAUUUCAUUAAUUCUGUGUUAACUUAAUCCUGUCAAGCUCAAAAAAAACUUCUCUCCAGCUAGUCUGCUGCUUGGUUUCAUCUUCCCUCUAUGCCUGUGAAACUCAUUAUUAGCAAAAACCCCUCUGCUGCUCACUGUGCUGGCAACAGGGUUGUUUUUCUAGGGUUUGAUGCCUGGUGGUGUUUUAUGUGGUCUGUGAAACCUGGAUGGACCUGCUGCUGCUAAAAAUCACAUUUCUUCACUGUGCA